AGCACGCCAGUUUCCCUUAAAAAAUUCUUUCAAAACUCAUUUCAGACAACCGACGGCAGACGUAAUGGCAAACUGCUUUUAGCGAUACAGAAACCACGGGCGACGCUCCAAUAGUUUCCAUCUGAGGCUUCAUUUCAUCUUCCCUAUAAAAGGUUAAAAUUUCAAUCUUUCUCACACCUUCUUCACUGUUCCAAUAAAUUAUUUAUUCUCUGAGACUGAGCAUCGAUUCGCUCAUUUUUUAAGUCUCUUCCAAAGUCGACAGUCGGAUUUCUGCAUCAACAUCAGCUGCAAGUCACGAUUCUCAGGCUGGCUAUAAUCAGAGACUGCUCUUUACUUAUGUAUAAACUCUUGUUGAUCUGAUCUCCUCUGUUUCUGUCGAAGAAUCGGUGAGGUAUAUCGACUAUCGAAGAAGGGGAAUCAGCUAUGGCAAUUGUAGUUGAUGGUUUGAAUUUUGAGCAGCAACACGGGAAGUCAAGAGUCAGGGUUGCUAGAGUUUGGAGGAAUUUAGAUGGGCGUGAUUUGAUUGUUGAAUGGAAUGUCAAUACAAGCCUCUUCUCCAAUUGUUUGCCUUCAUAUGUUCAGGGUGAUAAUUCAGAUCUUGUCACCACCGAUACCGUGAAGAACACUGUAUAUGCAAAAGCAAAGGAAUGUGCGGAAGUUAUUUCGGUUGAGAACUUUGCAAUUGCACUGGGGAAACAUUUUACAUCAUACUAUCCGAAGGUUACAGGUGCAGUAAUCACAAUAGUGGAAAAGCCAUGGGAACGUGUACAUGUAGAUGGUCAACCACAUGAACAUGGGUUUCAACUUGGAUCUGAAAAACAUACAACAGAAGUAACAGUGAAGAAGUCUGGUGCGGUAGUGGUAACUUCUGGAAUCGAAGGAUGGUCUGUGUUGAAAACAACCAAGUCAGGUUUUGAAGGAUAUAUUAAGGACAAAUACACUGCCCUGCCUGAAACAAAAGAAAGAAUAUUGGCAACUGAAGUCAGUGCUUUAUGGAGGUACAAAUUUGAAUCGCUUUCUAGCAUUCCUUUGAAGCCUCUUUACUUUACUGAGGGAUACCUUGGUGUAAAGAAAGUACUGGAAAGGAACUUUUUCGGUCCUCCAAAAGGAGGAGUUUAUAGCCCCUCAGUCCAGGGCACUCUUUAUGACAUGGCCCGGGCUGUUAUUGACAGGUUCCCAGAUAUAUCAUCAAUCCAUCUACAAAUGCCUAAUAUCCAUUUCUUACCAGUCAAUCUACCAAACAAGAUUACUCCAAGUAUUGUAAAGUUUGAUGAUGAUGUCUAUACACCAACUGAUGAACCACAUGGGACAAUUCAAGCUAGCUUGAGCCGCAUCUUGUCCAGGAUGUAGAAGAAGCUGCUGUAUCAAUUGUCUUGUAUGUUCUCUGUGCCUUGUUCACUACAACAUCCACCCUACCUUUUCUCUUCAAUAAUUCUGCGCAACUAAAGUGCAGUACGGGCAGACUGGAGAAGACAACCACACUGCUAGUGGCUCCCAGAAACACAAUCCAGUCCUGUUAAUUAUAGUGGUGUGACUUGAUUUAGACUCCACAUGAGGAGGAAGAGUUUUACACGACAGUAUUUAUAUGCCUAGUUUCUUUUCUCUGUGUAGCUUGUGAACUACAACCACACUUUGCUGAAUUAUUAUAAAAUUUGGCAUCCACAGCAA